AUGAUAGAGAUCUCUGGCGCACAAUCAGAUGAAAUAGCACCAACCCAGUCUGCAGGUGAGUACAUUUAACUGCUGAUACAGUUUGUAGUUUAUAUAUGUUGUUGUUUUUUUAGGUCAUUUAGUCUGCAAAGCUCUUUUUGUCAAAAAUUAAUGCAUAAGUAGCUGCAUGAUUGAAUUUAGAUUCCUAAAUGAAUGGAUGAGCUUGUAGACUGUAGGAUAUUGUGUUUGCUUAUGAAUAAAUGUAUCACUGUGGUUUUUAACGGUGACAAUUAAGUUUUAGUUUUUACAAAAGAGACACAUUUUACAGUCCUGUCAGAAAGUUGAUUUAGUUAUAAGGGAUGAAAAGUGAGAGGAUUUGGCAGAGAAGUAAAUGACCUUCAGACCAAAGGCUGCUGUACAUACCAAUCAAUAUUUGCAAACAAAAACUGAGUAUUGAAAAGAAACUGCUGUUGACACACUGUGCUCUUUCUGUGGAUAAAACUGACAAAUAUAUGUGAAGGUGGAGAGGUUUGAGAUCACCACACAAACACUGUGAUUCUGCUGCUGCUUAAAUCAAUCUUGGUAACAACUUAAAGACCAAAUUUUACCUUUUAUCUUUACUAACCUUGUCUCCGACAUGCAGAAGUUGUGGUUUUGAUCAAAUAUCUCCUUUUGUGGGCUGUGAGGAGUCAAACAUCACUAAACUGCAAAACUAUUUUGUUUCUUUAGUGUGUUAAUCCUCACAGAGUUUUGCACGGGCAUGCAAAAUCUGUUUUGAACCACUGUCUCACUGUUGUUUGUUUUUUUCAGGGUUAAUUCGAGUUUGUUUCAUAAGGAAAAAAUAGAGAUAAUAAAUUGAAGGAGGUUUUGAUCACACCUAGAUUUGUACUGCAUUCCAAUUACCUUGGAAGUUGGAGUUGGGAAUGAUGUUACACCAGAGUUGAUGGCGUUUCAGUAAACAAGUUGGAAAACCAAGAUGGACGCCAACUGUUAGCCGCUGUUAACAAUUGUCAGCUGUCGUUAGCCAUUGUCAGCUUUUGUUGAUUGUUGUUAGCUAUACCAAUUGUAAACAAUGCAUAACGCAGUAUUUUACCCUUACAAACACCUUAGCACUGUGUUCACAGUUAAACAAAACAGAAGUGACAAUAAAUAAUAAAUCACCAAAGCUGUUAGUCUUUACUGUUGAUGCACUACACUGCCAUCUUGGAUUAUGACGUUGUCAUCAAGUCGGGGUUGGUGAAGAUCGUCUGACUUUCUGAGUCAGAAAUCCAACUUCAGGGGGGCGUUCCAGAUGAAUUUCCAACUCGAAGCUCGGAAAUCCCGACUUGAAGAAAUUCCGACUUCCGGGUACAAUUGUCACCUAUGGGUGACGAGACCUUUGAGGCUGCUGCUCCCCAUUUGUGGAAAGCUCUUCCUGACCACCUCAGUGCUCCACAGAUGGUGGAUGCUUUUAAAAAAAGACUUAAGACCUUUUUUUUUUUAGAAAAGCUUUCCGGUCUGAUUAUAUUUUUGGACUGCUGUUCUUUUUAUUGGUCUUUUUAUUUACUAUUUCCUUUCAUUGUUAUUUUUGUUUUUUUUUUUACAGUUGCCUUGUAUGCACUUUGAGAUCUGUUUUCGCAGAUGUAAAUAAAAUGAACUAUUAUUUAUUAUUAUUAUAACUGGAAUCCAGCAUUAGUGAAUGCCCACUCUGGCAACUUUUGUAAAUGGUAAAUAACUUUGAAAGUCGUCUUCAUGCAGAAAACUUUGCUCAUAUAUCUCAUCUGAUUUUUCACUCAUGGAGUUCCGCAGGGUUACAUUGUGGGUCCCCUGAUGUUUUCCGUCUGUAUGCUCCCUAUGUGUUUUUUUCUAUUUAAACAUGCCUUUUUAUCAUCAUUCAGAGCCCAUUGAUGCCAGGCUCGUGGAUGGAGACAGUUCCUGCUCCGGCAGGCUGGAGAUGAUGAAUGAGGGGGAGUGGAGACCUCUGACCAUCAGGUUUUUGGAAGGAGAGUUCAAUAUCAUGUAUGGGGAAGUGGCUUGCAGGCAGAUGGGUUGCGGCUCUGCAGUUUCCAUAACGCAAAUCAUCAACGAUACAAAGCGACCAGUAUGGGAGGCUUCCUUUGCUUGUCGCGGCUCAGAGCCCACCCUGAAAGACUGCAGAUCAAAGGACACUGAUGUGGCGAAGAAAGAAGCUUCAGCCUUCAGUUUGCAGGUGGUCUGCUCAGGUAAGACAGAAAAAGUACUUAACUAUCAUUAUGUGGCAUUUUUAUAUCCUGCCCCCAGAUAUUGUCAGUCUGCAUGCUCCAGUUGUCAUACUCUACAGGACAUCGAGUAGAUUUUUGUUCCAAGUUUUGCUGUUUUUCAUGAAAGAACGUAUGCAACAAAUAAAAUCUCCCAAACUCUUUCAGUAGAGCAUCUCCGUCUGUUUUUUAAAGCCACACACACUUACCUCUCUGCCUCUCUAUUUUUAGAAUCUGUGAGGCAUACUCCGAACUAUUUCUGCUCAGGCAGAAUAAAGGUGAGGUCUCAUGAGGGUUGGAUCCCAGUUUGCGAGGAGGGCUUUAACUUGGAGACUCAGAAGAUUCUCUGCAGGGAGCUCGGCUGUGAGCCUCCCGAGACGAUGCGGAAGAAUCCUCGUCAAGCACCGACCCUCUUAUCCAAAUCUUUCCAGUGCAAAGGCAACGAGUCUCGACUGGAGGAGUGUCCCAGUUCAGUCCGCAGCGCCUGCAGACCAGUUAACAUUGUAUGCCAUGGUAUGUAUGCAAUCAUAAUAACUCAAACCCAUAGUGUGAAAGCUUGCUUGAAGAGGUGUGCAGCUACUUUCUCCUCUCUAUCCAGAAAAGAAUGACAUAAGGCUUACCGGAGGAGAGAACACCUGUACGGGCACCCUGGAGGGAAAAAACGAUGGAGAGUGGCGGCCUUUGUAUAAUCCGUGGGGAUACAUAGAUAAUAACUUUAUUGAUGAGGCCUGUGAGAAACUGAAAUGCGGAAAUUUAAUCUCAACCAAGAACUUUCAGGUCCUGCAGAGGCGGUCCGUUUGGGAGCUGAAUCGCAGAUGCAGGUCCUGGAGUUCAUCAUGUUCAAGAUGGGAUUCGUCUAGUUCACAGCAUCUCAUUACUGUGACUUGCUCAGGUAAGUCUAAAAUGUACAUCUGCGUCAGUUUUAUUUAUUCUAGAUUAUUUAGUAGGAUGUGAAGGAAAGCAGGAAAGAAGAUGAGAAGUGAGAGCGUAAGAAACAGAGGAGAGGAAAGUGUAAGAGCGUGAGCACCUAAACCUUUAACUGUACUUUCACUUAUUUGUGCACGUAAAUGUUAGAGUUUGUUAGAGUAUUAAAGGAUAGCCCACCCUUUAAGUUCACCUUCACCUUGCUUUGCAUCAUCUGCACAAAAGCAGAUUUUAGUUUGUUUAGUUUCUGUUUUCUUAAUUCCAUUUUUUUUAUUCAGCUUUAAACCUCGCCAUGACUUUAAUGUGUGAUAUUUAGAAGAUUAUAAUAAAUAGAAAUAGUUGAAGCUCGCUGGUUAUUCUGAUGAGUAAAUUAAGGGCUGCUCUGGGAACAUCUCCAUCUCUCUCUGUUUCUGCCUGUAGACAAGUUCAGACUUGUAAAAGGACGUGAAACAUGUUCAGGAAAACUAGAAGUAAGGUCCGGACAGUCGUGGGUUCCUGUGUGUGAUUCCUACUUCACCCUGGAGGAUGCACUGGUCACCUGUAGAGAUCUGAGCUGCGGUUUCGCUAAAGGUUUCAUUGGGAAUGGUUCGGACUUCUCCUUAGAAAACACAGCCUCGCCCUUGAGUCCGGUCUUCAACUGUGCAGGAACAGAGGAGCAGCUGACAGAUUGUCCCUCCACUGCGAUUAAUGCCACAAAGGAGGAGCUGAGUAGAUGCUCCAACACCCAUGUGAUCUGCAUGGGUAACUAAAUACCUCCAGGAUUUGCCAAUGAGGCAAAUUCACAUUGUGCUGCAUGGCUGUGUUCACAGCAUACUAAGAAUCUCAAAUGUCUUCUUUUUUACAGCUCGUCUACCUCCUCCUGUCAUCAAAGUUUACACCCUGCCAGACGAUGACUCCAAAAAUACUCCACACAUUUUCCGAGGUCAUCGUUUUGCCAUCUCCUGCUCCUCGUCUAUCAUCUACAGUAUCCUCUCCUUCCGUUUAAAAUCUCGGAUAUACUCUGAAGAGCCGUCUGAGCAGAGUCAGACGCCUGUUGACGGGGAAGCAAUCUUCUUUUCUACUGCAGAAGACAUAGACUCGGGGACAUACCAGUGUGACUACGACCUGGUCUUACGUCCAAACGUAUUCUCACGGAUGAAGGACUUCACGGUCUUCGUCAAAGGUAGACCUGAAUUUGUCAGUGCAUUACCGUAAGUGUUGUGUCGUUUGCAAAUGAUUCGUUCAAAAGAACCAAAUCUUUUAAGUGAACGUACUGAACUGAAUCACUUCUUCCCACCAAGUGCUGAAUGAUUCUGUGAACGAAUCUUUUUAGUGAACCGAUUCUAGUGAUUCAGUCCAUCUAAAAGAACUGCAGUGACCAUCAGUAAUUAGCGUGUCAAGACAUAAACUUACCCUGAAUUUCCACCGCAUCUGGAACGGCUCGAAUCCGGAAUGGCGGCCAUUUUUCGCAGUCGCAUUUUUCCCAACUUCCUUUCCAGCACGGGUUCAUCUGUGCUGAAUUUAUCCGGCAUUCUCCGACAUUUGGAAAAAGUAGAUCUCUUGCGAUCAGCUGUGGAGUCCGGCGAUCCAAAGUGGAUUGGAAAGAAAUUGGUGGAAAUUAACACGUUAACUUGAAUGGUUACGAUCAGCUACGACCGGCGGAUACGGCCUUUUUGUAGCCGUUCCGGAUGCGGUGGAAAUUGGGGGUUUGGGUUAAUACAAAGACAGAUGUCAGCUAUUUAAAAGAUGUAAUAAUUACUGUUUAUGAAGUCUGGUCAGCAGAUUCUGUUUCUUUCUGUCCCACGUGUCUGAUUCAUUUCCAGAUAACAAUUAUUUGAGGCUGCUGAGUGAGAACUCUCGCUGUGUCGGUCGACUGGAGCUGACCUUUCAGGGAGAGUCGAGGCCUGUGAGUCACCGUCAAUCAUGGAGUCUGAAGGAAGCGAACGUGGUGUGCAGACAGCUCAAAUGUGGCUCCGCCGUGUCCACUCGAAAAAAUGAAUCCACUGAAAUCGUCCCAGCGUGGCGCUUUUAUUCUGACUGUGACGGCUCUGAACGUGCUCUGAUGGACUGUGGGACGGUGAGGGAGUGGCCCUCUUUCUCCACAGUUGAAGUCCUCUGCUCAGGUGAGACGAUUCAACACAAUCGUAAAUCGAUUUCUGCUCACCUUGUUGGGGUUCUGAUCUGCAUAUCCACUCAAACCUGGCACUGUAAAUGUUCGAUUUGUAAAUGCCACUUCAUCGACUCAUGAUCACAUCUCUGAAUUCUGUCUCUGCUGCAGACGUCCUCCUUCUACCCAACAUUUCUUUCUUCUCCAUGAUGAGUAAACGCUCCGACAACCAGCAGCAGCAGCAGCAGCAGCAGCAGCAGACGGCUUCGCUCUACAGAGGUUACAGCUUCACCUUCACCUGCUCUGUAAAGCCACAGUACCCUGGAGGUCACUUCACUCUUGUCUUUACCAGCUCCAACCAAACAACCAAGAUCACCAAACCGGCCGUCAAUCACUCCGCACACUUCACCUUUGAUGUUGCAGACAAGACCCACAGAGGAAACUACAGCUGCGUCUACCAAAACUACAUCUUCAAUCACAACUUCUCCUCCGAGAGCCUGAGCUUCUCUGUUGAUCUUGAAGGUAGAAUAACACGUGGUCACCUGAAUCAUGAAGUCAGAGUCCGUACGAUAGACUGACUGACUCAUCUUUUAGAAAGUCUGUUGCACCUUUAUUUGAUGCUAAUUUACGUAUUUCCUGCUGAUCUUUUCACAGAUCACAUAGACGUGAUGUUGAAUGACGGGGUGUUGAGAGAGGACGACAGCGAGCCCUGCGCCGGCCGACUGUUUGUGUACCAUGACAACAAGCAAAUGCCGCUGAGCGCUGAGUUCACAGCGUGGGACCUGAAACACGCCUCCGUGGUGUGCAGACAGCUCGGCUGCGGCUCUGCGGUGUCAACCACGGGGGUUAAACUCCCCAAAAAAGUUUUAAUGGCCCGUCUUUACUCUGACUGCGAUGGAUCUGAGUCUGCGCUGCUGGACUGUGGGACGGUGCUGCCGUGGUUCUCGUCGACUGCUGUGGAGGUGGUCUGCACAGGUGAGACAGUAAAGAGCUCAGAGUUUGAGGCGGGGUUAGAUGAUUGGUGUAUCUAUGAAGGUGGGGCUACAUGAGUGGCUGUCCAGAGAAGGGAAAUGUAAACAAAAUCGUAGAAGAGGUUGUUAAGAAGUAGAGGAGACGGGCAUAUUUGUGAUGAUGGACUGAUUUUGUGAACUGGGACAAGAACAAUCGUCCCGUUGAACCCACGAAUCGAGCUGCAACAACUGUCCUUAUUUCUUUUUGUCUCUGCUCCUUCAGGUCAUAAUCAGGAGCUGGAAAAACUGAGGACGUGAAGGAGGAACAGGAAAGCCUCAGCGGUCCUUGAAUGCAUCGUGCAGACUAGAAAAGAUGCAGCUAGAAACC